AUCUUUCCCUCAAGGCUCUCCGAGAUCUCUUCCAAUCUUUUCAACUCUGCUCCUCCUCUCGCGAUAUUUGCGCACUUUUAUAACGUUUUUUUACAAAGAAAUGAGCCUGUUGCGGGUUCCAAAUCGUUAUUUUACCGAUUUACUGCGCGCGUGACCGUGAGAGGGAACAAAAUAAGUUGUUAUGUCUUUAAUGGGGCGUGGCUAAUCCUCCUCCCCACACACACACACACACACACACGCUCCGUCCUCACACACACACACACACACACAUGCUCCGUCCUCACACACACACACACACACACACACACACACACAACUUUACUGUAGCAGCGGCCGCCGUGUGCUCACACAGCGCUGUGCCGACCGCUCAGAGAAGACGCUAGCCACCCCCCCUCCCGGCGAAAGGAAAUGAAGAGGAGGCUGCACAAGAAAUACUUGAUUCUGAUCCUGGCAUAUUCGGGUUUACUUCUCUUAAUCCCGUACGUGUUAGAUUACCGGGACAAAUCCGCUCAAAACGCCCGGCAUGGACUGCAGCAACAGCCCAGAUGCCCAGACCUGGAGAACACGGUGGCGCUGCUGUGGGAUCAGAACGGCUACAAAGUUAACGGCAGCGAGGCGACGGAGCACGCCGCCAACAGGAGCCAGGCGCGGAUACACAUCUACCUGCAUGCCACCUGGAGGACCGGCUCGUCGUUUCUAGGGGAGUUGUUCAACCAGCACCCCGACGUGUUCUACCUGUACGAGCCGAUGUGGCACAUAUGGCAGGCUCUGUACCCGGGGGAUGCGGGCAGCCUCCAGGGCGCGGUGCGGGACAUGAUGAACGCCCUGUACCGCUGCGACUUCUCCGUCCUCAAACUUUACGCCGGCUCGCAGAACAUCACCACGUCGUUCAUCUUCGGCUGGAAGAUGAACAAGGUGAUCUGCUCGGAGCCGCUGUGCGAUGCGCACAAGCGCCACGACAUCGGUCUGGUGAAGGAGGACCAGUGCGCAAAGUGCCAAAAGCGGGACAUCAGGGAGCUGGAGAGGGAGUGCAAGAAGUACCCGGUGAUGGUCAUCAAAGGCGUCCGCGUACUGGACCUGAGCACGCUGGUUCCCCUGAUGAAGGACCCGGCGGUGAACCUCCAGAUCGUCCAGCUCUUCAGAGACCCGCGGGCCGUGCACAACUCCCGCUUGAAGUCCAAACAGGCCCUGGUGAAGGAGAGCAUCCAGGUGCUGAGGAGCAAGAAGCAGACCGACAAGUACAAGAGGCUGCUGGUGCCGAGCAGCAAGGUGAACCGGGCCGAGAGCUACGUCUCCAGCGCCAUGGAGCUCAUCUGCGACAACUGGCUCAGCGACAUGUUGCUGGUGAUGAACGCGCCUCCCUGGGUGCGGAGGAACUACCUCCGCAUCCGCUACGAGGACCUGGUCCUGCACCCCAUGGAGGAGCUGCAGAGGCUCUACCGCUUCUCCAACCUCUCCACCUCCACCGCGCUGGAGAAGUUCGCGCUGAACAUGACGCACGGGCACGGCUACUCCUCCGACCGGCCGUUCCUCAUAUCAUCCAGGGAUGCGAAGGAGGCGAUAUACGCCUGGAGGGAGCGACUGAACGUGGAGCAGAUCGGUCAGGUGGAGGCCUACUGCAGUGAGGUCAUGAGGCAGCUGGGCUACCAGAAGAACAGCGUGGACAAAACGACAUGAGGAAUCGAUGUUGAAGGGGCCUUGGUAUUCGAGGGCUGGGGGCAAAAGGUGGAAUAACAAAACAAGCAGCUGGAAUGUGGUCCACUGGGAGCUCGCUGGCACGGCUCUCAGGGCUGUUUUCCUUCAGCCGAGCCGGGUCGAUGAGCUGGAGAAAAUCCAAGCGGAAAGAGCAGCCAAUCGCAGACAGAUGAAUUUGAUCCGGGGGAGAGAGGGCAGCUUUUUUUUUUAGUGUUACCUGUUCAACACCGGCAGGGUAGAGACAGAGUGUGAGAGGACACGAGCGAGGGGAGGGAGAGAGAGACGAGGCAGGUUUUGUGCUGCCGUUACACCGGCCCGCCUCUAUCCCUCUGUCCUUUUAGCAGCACUAAUCCCUCCGCAAAUCCCCUGCAGGGAGGCGAGGGCCAUAAAAAGCCCGAGAUGGGUCCUUCUUGGGAGAUGAGUGCCAGGAUCCCGGACGGCAGCGUGAGGUUCACCUGCGCAACUUAUCCGUCCAGCCCAUGACUAAGCGCAGCAGUAAUCUCGAGCGUUACUGAUUCUUAACUGCAGUUGGCUCACUAACAAUGCCGAUGUUUAUGCUUUGAAAGAAGAAACUACAGUUUUUUGUGAAAAAAAGAGGCCUGACUGAGGAACUGUUGUUCCACCCCCGGCCCCUCAGGAAUCUGGACAGCUGCAGUCGCCCCACUGACAAAACACUCACAUGGGUGUGAAAUUUUCUAAUAUCCCACGGACGUGUCUUGGAGAGCUGCCUCCGGCCUCUGCCAAUGAACUUUUUUAGCAAGUUUUCACAAGCACAACAGAUGGUACUGAUUCUCACUGUGUACCACUCUUACUGUUUUUAGUUUUUGUCUAAAAUAUUGUUACAAUGCUGUGAAAUCCCUCGGACUGCGGAUUCGCUGAGGAGGGGUAAAACGUGUUCCAGCAUCGCCGUGUUCAACUUUAGAAGUUGGUUCUGUAUUAAUUGUUGUGGGUGAAAAUGCCUGAUGUUGAAGUUCUCGUGUCGGAAAAAAAAAAAAGAAAAAAAAAAAGAAAUAACUUUACAACUAUUUAAACUGACGUCAAUAAAGAGUUAGUAAAAACUAGACAAGUGUCUCCUGAGAAACACAAACACACAAACACAAGGGAUCGACCAGUUCGGUGUUUCAAGACUGACACUAGUUUAUAGUAAUGAAGGAGUCUCAUAUUUAAAACAAAGUGCAAUUCACUCAAGUACGAUUUAGGGUGCUUUACUUGAUUAUUUUCUGCAUUUUCUGCUUUGCUACUUUAUACUUUCUCUCCACUACAUUUGUUUGAAGGAUUCUGUGUUAAAAGGCUGUUACUUGUGACAUGUAACUGAUCAGAUUGUGUGGUUGGGCGGGACACUGUGUGAGAUCACAGAGCGCUGACCGUCUGUACCAUCUGAAAAAUGCUGAAUAUCGGCCCCGAUAAUCAGCCAGGCUGUAAAAGUAUCUGCUGAGUUACAGCGUAGAUCCCAUAGGCCUUAAAACACAUCUGUAAAAGCCUUUAAGGUGCGAUGGUACAGAACCCACACGGCGUCAAAAUGUUCUUAUCUGGUUUGAGUGUGUGUAUUUUCUCUACACACUGACCUCACAAGAAUAAUUAAUCAUGAAAGGUUUGACACAGUUGUCCCCUGUUCAUAAUCCUAGGAGCUCAUUCUUCUUUGCAUGUGGCCACGUCUCCACCGUGGAGGAUUUCGUUUCAUUAAUCCGUGCAGUAGACGGCUCAAGUAGAACAGUGUCAUGACAAUAUGUCAGCCAUUUUUCUGGUACUAAGCUCCUGAACCUUUGGACUGGAGGGGUUUUUUGCCGGCUGUGAGACGUCCCAGCGGCAACACGCACUGUCUUUCACUCAGGCCAUGACUGUGAAUGGUCACAAAGGAGCAGUAAAGAGAGACUAGAGGGAGUAUUUAUGGUUUUAUCUAUCAGUUCAGACAUGCCCACAUCAAGUGUUUGUAGCAAUAAUAACUUGAGUCGACAUAAUAUACAGGUUGAACUUUGGACGUGUCUGACAUGCAACCUGGUGGCAGGUGUGUGGGCUUGUAAUAAAUAAUCAGGAUAAACAAUAUUACUGUAACGUUCAGACCAUUUUAUGCCAGUGAUAUAAUUAUAGUAUAACAGCAUAAUAAUGCAAGCACAGCCUUUCAAAGAGCGCUGAACUUUACAUUCUUACAACCUUGGAAUGGGAAUGCUAACAAACUAUAAGAAUAUCCUAUAUAAAUAAAUAAGUGUAAAUAAAACCACACGACCAAAACAAUAAAGAAAUGGACUCUCUGGUUCUUUUAACAAAAAUGAACAGACUGAUCAAUAAGAUGCGUAUGACAAGUAUGCAAAUCAUUAUUAGUGCACCUUGUUAUAACUGGCUCCUGCAGGUCAUCCGAGCAAUCAUACGUUCAAUUUUUUAGCAUUAAAGGUGAAAUAUGUAAGAACUGAUGCAAGAUUAUUAUCAGAGUGUGACUGGACUGCUAGCUGCAUGGCUAACUGAGCUACCUAGCCAAUGGUAGCUACAGUGGUAGCAGCAGAUAGUGGUAACUGCAGCAGUCAACUCCCACAUCUUGCACCUUUACCCUUUACAGAAGGUACAGCGUGUGAUUGCUAAAGAACAGUGGAGGAGGAAGUUUGAGAAUGCAAACUUCCUGUGAUCACUUCUUGGACCAAAAGAAGAAAAAAAAAAAGAAAACACACCGCUGCACGUCUCAUAAUUUGACGAUUUUUAUUAACAUGAUGACAUGCAGAUCAUGGCAGGUAGAACCAGGCAGCCAGUUGCUACUACAACAGGUGCACAUACUGACAAUUGAGCUACAUCUCAUAUUUCUCAGGUACAGAGAGCAUGUAAAUAUAGCCAGCGAAGACAACUGACAGCACAACAGUCUGGAGAUAGAGUGCACAUGAAGGUUAUAUAAGAGUCCCGCAAGUGUCCUCUGCUUGAGGUAAAGUGCCAAAACUCUGCUCGUUUUUGUUUGCCUGCAGCCGCCGGUGAGGACGGCCAUGAUGUCGUCCGUCCACAGAGGGCGUCCAAGAAAAAAACAUGUCGACAAAUGCGAGUUCUUGUUUGGUCUUUUUCUGCACUUAUGUUAGUUGAUACAGCAGGAAUGAUAAAAAAAAAAAAAUCACAUUUUUCUUCUUUUUUUUAAUGCAUAAUCCAGAGACAACAUAUCUGCUGUAAGUUAUACUGUAUGUAGAAGGUGCAUCUAUGUGAUGUGAGCAUCGGUCCUUGUGGAAGAAAUGGUUCGCUCAGACGAUUUUAAUGCCCUCGACACAGACAAGCUUCAGACUGUCUUAAAAAAAAAAAAAAAAAGUGAGAUGUUAGACAGAGAGCACAGCUUCAUAUUACUCCUCACUCCUCGCUAAAUGACCCACAGUGAACACAGCGUGGCUACAGCUUACAUAACUAGAUUCAUUUCCUCUUGGAGAUCCCAGAUGAGACAGAGAACUUGUGCGUGGCCUCUCCCUCGGGUGAAAUCCGCAGAUUUAAUUUACAAACUGAGCCUCUCACACCUGCACUCGUCUGCAGGUGAAGGCAGCAGCCCUCUUUGUGUGCAGUGGAGGGGAGAAAACAGAGGAGCGACACGUGCUGUGUGGUGAAUUUAAAAUGCGACGCAGUUCAGACGUCUAGACACGGUGGAGGGAACACAAAAACACUGGCAGAAAAGAAACUGAAAAAAAAUGUCUCACUCCCAGAGAGAGAGAUGUUGGUUCCACCAGCUGCUCCUGAAGAGGUCUGGUGACAGUAAACAAUGGAGCCAGCAGACUGCCAGUUAAUAUGCUACUAUUUACAUUUAUUGGAUGAGAGCUAAGUAUAGCAUCUUGAAGGGGGGGAAGAAAAAAAAAAUCUGCAGAUGAUGAAUUUUUUCCUCUCAUAAUCAUGCUGUGGAGGAGGAACUCCAUGUACAUACUUUAAACAAGAGAGGAGAUUUGGUCAGGGGAUCUCCAAAGAGUAAUCAGUGUAGUAUAAAUAAUAAAACAUCCCUACAGCUCACGUGGAGUGAUGCCAGUCAACCUGUCACACAACAAUACUGUUCAGCGGUCUGUUGUGGAAAAUGUCUGACCAACAGAGACAAACGCAAGUGGGUGAAAUCCAGAAGCCCGAGGUCACCGUCGCGUAUCGAGCACUUCUCACAUGGCAGUUCAGUCUUUAACCGGUUAUUUCAUUUCAGAUUGUUUCGUGCAUCUAGGAGGAAACUGGGCCGCCUGCUGCAACCACAAGAAUCGAUCUCGUGUUGAGAGAGCAUGAUGAUGUAAUGAGGUGUCAAAACGGAAACUGGAGGAGGGUGAUAUUAUCUUACUGUCAAAGGUGCAAUAUCCAAGAACUGGCCACCUGUUGAAGUCACACUCCUGGCAGCACAUCAACUGCUGCUGAAUGUACUCUGUGUAUGCAUCCCUGGCUGUAGCUACCAUUAGCUUGGUAGCUCAGUUAGCCCCGCAGUUAGCUGGACUACUACACUACAGGAGCUUUGGACCACUGGGAGAAAGAGGUAUUCAGGCCCAGGGCUAACUGGUUAGCAUGUUAUCUGCAGUAGACAACACAAUAAAUAGAUGUCUUUGAUCAUCUUAGUACAUAUCCAAUGUUUUAAACCAACAUUUUGA